AUGGCCGCGCCUCUGUCCUACUCCAAGGAAAUGUCUGAGAAGAGCGCCAGUCCCCUCGAGGAGCAGCCUCUUGACGACAUAAAGAAGGGUCGCUGGGAACGUAGUUGGCCCACUAUUGCCUGUGGUGCUGGUCUCUUCUCUGAUGGCUACUUGAACCAGAUCAUUGGUCCUGUCGGUACCAUGCUGACACAGAUCUACGGAGAUGCAUACACCAACUCGACGGCCCAACAAAAUGUCUCUUCGAUUGUUUUUGCCGGCACGGUGGUGGGUAUGUUGAUAUUUGGAUACACUAGUGAUCACUGGUCACGCAAGUGGUCCUUGAUGAUCUCCACCGUAAUCCUGUUUGUCUUUGCAGCUCUUGGUGCUGGCUCUUAUGGAGCUGGCGGCAGCCUGGGCGGCAUGCUUGCUGCUUUGACGGCUUAUCGUUUCUUCUUGGGAAUUGGUAUUGGUGGAGAAUACCCUGCUGGGUCAGUCGGCGCCGCAGAGAAUACCGGAGAGCUCAAGAAAGGACACCGCAAUCGCUGGUUUAUCAUGUUCACCAACUUCCAGAUUGAUUUCGGUUUCGUGGUUGCUGCUCUGGUGGCUAUGAUCCUCGUCCUAAUCUUCACCGAGAACCACCUGCACGCUUGCUGGCGUGUGGCUCUGGGGCUGGGAGUUAUUCCCCCUCUGAGUCUGAUGUACCUCCGACUGAAGAUGGAUGAGCCUGAGGAGUUCAACCGGGAGCGCAUGCACAAGUUCCCGAUCUGGCUCAUUAUCAAAUUCUAUUGGAAGCGCUUGGCUGUUGUUUCUACCAUCUGGUUCCUUUACGACUUCUCUGCCUACAGCUUCGGUAUUUACUCUUCGGCCUGGCUAAAGAUCAUCCUAGGCGACACGGCUCCCUUGUGGAAGAGCUUCGGUUGGACUACCGUGAUCAAUUCUUUCUACAUUCCAGGUUCUGCCCUUGGAGCCUUCAUGAGUGACUGGAUUGGCCCUCGCUACACCCUUGCCAUUGGUGUUGGACUCCAAGGUAUCAUUGGAUUCAUCAUGGCCGGAUGCUACAAGUGGCUUGCUACCCCAGAAAACGUGGCAGCCUUUGUUGUCGUAUUCGGAAUCUUCUCUGCACUCGGUGAAAUGGGACCCGGCGACAACAUCGGUCUCUGCGCCGCCAAGACCAGCGCGACCGCUAUCCGUGGCCAGUACUACUCAUAUGCUGCCGCUAUCGGGAAGAUCGGGGCCUUCGUGGGCACCUACGUGAUUCCAAUUGUCCAAAAGAACGCGCCGAACCCGACCCGCGCAGGCCAGGACCCGUUCUUCGUCUCCAGCUCAUUGUGUAUCUUGGCCGCAUUCCUGGCCAUCUUCAUGAUGCCAAACAUUGACCAGGACACCAUUACUCUCGAGGAUGCCAGGUUCCGCGACUACCUUGAGGCCAAUGGCUACGAUACCACCGACAUGGGCACCCAUAACCGCUAA